AUGGGAAGGCGACUUCUAAUACCGACCCGGUCCAACGUUCUGCUUUGGCUCAGCCGAGCUCACCUGUCAAAAGUCCAUCAAAAAUCGCUCUCCUCUGGCUACUUUUCGACCUCUGCAACUCUACGAGACGUAGCCUACACCUCCUGGCUAAAAGACAACACAAACGACCACGGCGACGAGUUGGGUGAGAAGAAGCAAUCAUACUGUAGCGCUUUGGGAAGUCCCCAUCUUUCUGCAGCCAACGCGGAGCCGCUACGACGCGAGACUGUCACUCUUGAAGAAGAGAAGAUUAACACACCGCUCAAGGUUCUGGACGCCGAAAUCGAAAUCGUAAAGCUAUUUCAGAUGGGUGAGUUUGCAAAAAUGUACUCUGAGUUGGCCGCCUACAAGGCUAAGGGCAUUUCGGUGCCUGCUGAGCUCCUUACAGAAAUGGCAUCUAAGGUGCACCAGGCAAUCCCCGUAGAUCUGUCAAGAGAGGAGCUUCAUCGCUCAAAUAUCGAGUAUCCUCUGUUCUAUGCCCAAGCAGAUAUUCGUCUCUUCUCUUCAGCCAAGUCCGUGUCUUCGCAUCUCUAUAAUCUACAAAAGGUAUUUGCUUUGUAUGAGGCUGAAUAUUUGGACUCGCCCAAUUUUCUUGAGAGUUACAUCUGGCUUUGCUACCACACCAAUGAGUUGCAUACCAUCCAAAGGCUUUUCCAUCGCUAUUUGCAGAACAAAACGUACAACUCAGCGACGCUCAGCCAUAUCACAAACGCAUUUAUCUACAACUAUGACGUGGAGUUCGCCAAGUCGCUUUUCAUGAGCAUAAUUGGCAUGCAGAAGCCGCUCGACGAAUCCUACUUAUCAUCUACCCUCGUUGCUUUCUCGCAAGUCAAGGCCUCGUACGAUAACACCAUCGAUAUCUUCCGCCAGUGGUCGAUAUCCGAAAACUGCGAGAGUCCAUACCCAAGAACAAUAGCCUUGCUUUUAAAGCAAAGCAAUCUCUAUGGCUCUGCAAACGAAAUAGCGGCCAUGAACGAGAUUGCAGAUCAUCUUGGAUACAGCAGCAAUUUUUUCGUGCAAAUUGUUCGCAUCCAAACUGCAAUCAUCAACCGAGACAACAACAAAAUUAAAACUAUAACUCCCGAAGACAUAGAAAGCAUUCUAGAAAUAAGAAAUGGUCUUUACGGCUCGCAGCCAGCUUUGAAAGCUUUCUACGAGUCUUUUCUUCAUUUCCUCUGUACAUAUUCCAGUAUGGAUGUUGUCCAGUUCAUUCUAAAAGAGAUGAACAAGGAUCGCAUUCAUCUCACGCGAUUUGCCUACGACAGCAUCGCUACACAUUAUAUUUCUACCCGAAAGUUCAUCUCUCUAUUCAAGUUUAUGAAAAAGUUCCUUCUGAAGACGAUCAAGUUUGAGCCAAUCUACGGAAAGUAUAUAUUUGACGGUUUUAUCCGUUCAUAUCCCUAUUUUGGAGAAACAUUCGCCGAGAGAAUGACGCUGUGGCUGGGGGGUGCCUUGAGUCAAAUCGAACAGCAGAAACUCGUGGAGGCUUGCAAAUUAAGGAAACUAGCAUCCAGUCUCAAUCCAUAUGCAACACAAUCAGGAAAUCUAGACUCCAAUCCGAAGUAUGACUCAGAAGCUUGGAAAGACAUCGAGUAUAAUCCAAACAAGCCCUACUUGAAGCUUCAGAGAAGGAAGCAAAUGAGUUUCAGGACUGAGCUGGGCCUCAGAGAAAUUAUGCGCAAGGGGAUCAGUCCAGAUUAUUCCGUCAUUGAAGACACAUUGCGAAACCUGGGGCCUGCAAUCAGAAAAGGUCUUCUACAAGCUCUUCCAGGGUUGCGUUUGACAAAGUACUCUCUGCGGUUGCAGAUGUACGACUUUAUUCUUGAUCGUCCCGACAAACAGGCGUUCGCAGCUUUUGUGAAAAAACUCGAGCCAACUCUCAAUACAAGUGACCGAAUCUUUCUCGCAAGAAGGGCUUUGAAUAAGUGUGAUUACGAAGGCUGUUCGUUGCUAUUGAAACUGCUCAAUCCUCUUGAAAUGACCGAUAGUCGUCACAUGAUAGUUUUGAACUUGAAGCUCCGUAACAGUAUACAGAGUAAGAACUUCGAAGCAUUUGACGCAAGUAUUGACGCUUUUCCGAUCUGUGAUAUUACACUCUCGCCCUUCAUGCUUAAGCAAAGUCGCUUCGUCGAGAAGAUGCUACAAAAUAAAAUGAGAAAUCUGUCUGCAGCUGAUAAUCUGGAGUUGCAAGUCAUGAAGGCUAGCUUGAAAAAGUUGCAUGGAUUGAUAGGUGAUAUUGAGGUCAGACUCAAGAAAGAUACCCAUGACAUAGACCAACUCAUGAACGAAGUCUUCGAAAUGCUCGAUCAAUGGGUUCAGGCUACCAAUGGCAAAGUCGCCAAACAAAACGCCAACACCAACUAA